AUGGAUUUCAUCAAGACCAGUUCCCUGCGUGCUCUGAUUGAGUUAACUUUCCAACGCAACUGGAAUGGCUUCAUUUGGAUGAGUAGAAAAGGAGUUAUAGCCAAAAGAGUGAAGGCUGCUCCAGACAGCUAUAUCGAGAAUCAGCGUUCGAACGCGCAGUCCGGCGGGCAGACGAACGAAUGUUCCGCGCUUGGCCAAUCCGCAUUCGUUUUCCUAAUUAGAUAUGGAGAAGGAGCCACAAGCCUCUUCCCCUAUAAAGGCGAUGCCAAUUCGCCACAUACCACCUCAAAGCACCUCUUGAGCGAACAAGAGAUGUCAAGCCCUCAAGCACCACCACCUUCAUGGGAUAGUCCUCCAAGACCAUCCUCUUUGAAGACAAAGAAGAAACUUCUUCCUUACCUUGAAGCAGCCGACCUGGAGACGUCUAGCCAAGCCGCAUCACACCAAGAAGAACACCUUCUAGCCACACCAGAAGAGGAGAUUGACCCUGAGCUGAUCGAGUUCGUGAAGAGAGAUCAAUUCCAUGAUCUGUUUUCAGAAGAAGCUUUCUUAGGGAGAUUUGCAAGGAAACCACCUUUCAAAUCCAAGUACCACCACUACUCUCAUCAGCUGGAGAGAGAGCGUAAUGAAGAAGAAUGGGGAGGCAUACCACCCCAUCCUGAAGUUCUGAAUGAAGAGCUAAUCAAGCAUGUGGAGAGGAAUCCUUUCUACAACUCUAUUUCAGAAUGUGCAAAGGAGCAUCUAUGCAACUUUGAGCAACUUUGUCAUGACUAUGGACUUGGAGACAAUCCCAAGAAGAUACAACUUUUCCAACUAUCACUAGCUGGACAAGCCAAAGACUGGGCUAAGUUCAAUGCCCAACAUGCUUUCAAGACUUGGAAUGGAUACAAGGGAGCUUUCCUUCAAAAAUUCGCCAAAGGUCCUGUUUAUGUUCCACCACCACGCCCAAGCUAUUCACAAUACCAUCCAUCAUUGCCAGACAUAAAUAAGACACCACUUUUCCCAAGGGAGAGCUACCAAGCUGCGCGCCAAACCAAGAUUGAAGAGAUGCUUCAAGAGUACUUGAGAAAUCAAGAAGAGAGUACAAAGAAGAUGGAGAGAAGAAUCGAUUUCAUCCAUGAGAGCCUUGGAAACAAAUCUGAAGUCCUAUUCAAGCAAGUGUUCAAGCUUGAUGAAGACAUUAAGAAGUUAAGAGAGGAUCAUGAUCGAUCUUUGACCCUAGUUAAGCUUGAUGUUGCUUCCAAAUAUCAAGAGUUGUUGAACAAGAGCCUGAGAAUUGAAGUUACUAACUAUGACAAUAGCAAACAUCUUAGUUCAAUCUACAACCGCCUACAAGCCCUUGAAGGAUCAUCUCAUGUCAAUUACAAGAGAGAGAGGAGUCCAACACCCAAUCACCCUGAUGAGCAUGGAGGGACUUGGCACAUGGAAGCAGCUCAACUGGAUACGCAAAGGAAGAAGGGAGAAGCCAUCUUGAAGACCAGCUCGACCGUCUACUCGACCAACCGGUCGAGUUCCUCAACUCGACCGGCCAAGCUUCAACUCGAUCGAGCUGAGAAGUCAACAGUCAAACCCGAAAAAUGUUGCUUCCCCCUUGACUUUCCUUUGACCCUAAACCUAAUCCUCUUGUAUUUAAAGGCUCUAAGCCACGAAAAAACCACCAAGCUUUAG